AUGUUCCUGCCACAAACUUUACCGCCAAAAGUCCCCCAGCAGCAGCAGCAGAGGGCCCUCACCAGCAGCAGAGGGCCCUCACCAGCAGCAGAAGGCCCUCACCAGCAGCAGAGAUCCCUCACCAGCAGCAGAGGGCCCUCACCAGCAGCAGAGGGCCCUCACCAGCAGCAGAGGGCCCUCACCAGCAGCAGAGGGCCCUCACCAGCAGCAGAGGGCCCUCACCAGCAGCAGAGGGCCCUCACCAGCAGCAGAGGGCCCUCACCAGCAGCAGAGGGCCCUCACCAGCAGCAGAAGGCCCUCACCAGCAGCAGAAGGUCCUCACCAGCAGCAGAAGGCCCUCACCAGCAGCAGAAGGCCCUCACCAGCAGCAGAAGGCCCUCACCAGCAGCAGAAGGCCCUCACCAGCAGCAGAAGGCCCUCACCAGCAGCAGAAGGCCCUCACCAGCAGCAGAAGGCCCUCACCAGCAGCAGAAGGCCCUCACCAGCAGCAGAAGGCCCUCACCAGCAGCAGAAGGCCCUCACCAGCAGCAGAAGUUAGAAAAUAUAACAGAAACAAGUGGAAAAACCAAAGGAAGUAUUAGAGAUACGGUGAAGAGUGUUAAGAGGCAAAAGAAGAAAUUAAGACACAUGCGGGCAGAAUACUUUGAAAGUCUGAUGGAUGGAAAUGAUUGA